AUGUCUAAAAAUAAACGUAAACGUGGUAAAUGUACUACGAAAAGCACUCGUCUUACGAAAAAAGUAACAAAAUGGAGCUCCCAAAAACUUGGUAAAUUUUUGAAAUCGAAAGGAAUUAAUGAAGAAGUUAUUAAAAUCAUCAUCGACAAACAAAAGGUCGAUGGUUCAUCUUUUCUUGGUUUGACCACAGUAAAACUUGAAAAAUGGGGAAUACCAGGUGGACCAGCUAUAAAGAUCGAAAAUUUGGUUAAGGAAAUUCAAGGAGGUAAAAGACCGAUUACCGGGGAAGUAUUCCUUUUGUUCGAUCAUUCGAAUUUGCUCGAACAAGGUAAAGAAACUGUGAAGCAUGAAGAGAACUUAGUUGACAAGCCAAAUCUGUACAUUGAUUACAAACGACUUCAAGAAAAGAUAUUAGAUAAACGAAAUUUGGGUGACCCUUCAGAAAUAUUUUGCUCUUGUUAUUCCCAAAGCCAUGAUAAAAAAAUCGAUAAUCUUUGGAAUAAGCGUAGAAAACAAGGUUUUGUUAUUAAACUCAUUAAACAAAAACCGAAUUCGACAAGAGAAAAAAAAGUAGACACUUCAUUAAUUGUGCGAGGAAUGGAAAUCUUGUAUACUAGGGAACCCGGAAUAUUGGUUAUAGUAGCAGGCGAUAGUGAUUAUACACCCUUAGUUCAAAAAGCUCUGGAUAAAGAGUGGAAAGUUGAAAUAUGGUUUUGGUCAUUAGGAUUAUCUAGAGAAUAUAAAUCCGAAUUAUCUAAUAAAUUUGGAAUAAACUAUAGUCUCCACUUACUGGAUGAUGAAUAUAAAAAAUUUACUUAUGCACGUAGUCCAGAAUCUCCUCGUGAAUUUACUUUUGAAAUCGAACAUAAAUGUGUUGAAAACUUGGAAGAUGAAGACCUGUUGAAAAUUUUCGUUGAUUUGGAUUUAUUUGGAUGGUGGCAUUGGGACAAUUAUAAUCAUUUAUUGGUUUAUGUUAAUACAGAAAAACAGAGAAAAGAAGUAAAAAAGACGCUUAAAAGGUUUGAAGAAUGUGAAGAACAUGAGAAUAAUGAGAAUAACAAGAAUUUAAAUCUUGCAUUAGAUUUAGAUAAAAAUAAGCUUAGAGAAAAUAAAUUUUGUUAUAUUACAUAA